AUGCCAAACACCCAUAACCCUAUAACAUACCUCAUCAUUCUCUACCUCACAUCUUUCUGCAUUCAAACACUCAACACCAUGAAUUCUGCCCUCAUGCUUGUCUCCUACCACUCUCCCUCUUUCAACCUAAAACAGCGCCCACCAUCCCGGCACCAGCAGAUAAGCGCCAACUGGGGAACGAGGCAACAAUGUUCGCCAAAGCCCAUACGAGCAAUACUAGGGUCAAAUGCAACCGGGGGACUUAGCAAUGCUUACCGUGGAGGUAAUGCAUUACCGUCUUCACCCCUGACAGAUGUGAUUCAGGAGUUCUACUCCUCCAUCAAUGACAAGGACAUGACACGGCUCAAGAAGCUGCUUGCCCCUGAUUGUGUCGUCGAGCACACUUCAUAUUAUAAACCACUGGAUGUCAAGAAUACCCAUACCUACUUCACAAGGCUUAUGGCGGCUAUGAGGAAGAAUGUCAAAUUUGCUAUUGAUGAGGUUUGCCAAGGAGUAGAACCCACUGUUGCAGUAAUGUGGCACCUUGAGUGGAACGGUAAGAUCAUCCCAUUUACCAAAGGCAGCAGUUUCUACAUGUGUUCAGCAAAAGGAGAAUCGCUUCUUAUUAGGAAAGUUCAUAUAUUCAACGAGUCACCUCUGAAACCAGGAAAGCUGGCAUUGGAAAUACUUCUAUUCGUUGCCAAAUUGUUCGACACACUUCCAAAAGAAGCUGAAGCAUUUCUACAGAAUCCAGAAGCACUAGUUCAGCCCAUUGUGAAGCUCUACAAAUUCUGUGUGGAGCCUUUUGUCGUCUACCUUCUUGCAUAUUAUAUCCACUUCUGGUCAUUCAUGGCACAAGGAUUGACUAUGGUGCUCGGCAUUUUGUAUAACAUACUCAAGCGGUUCGUGUGAGGAAUUAAUAACACAGAAAAUUCCAUAUUCAGGAGAAUAGCAAUUCCCAAAGAUAUGUUGUGUGGUGGUAAUAAAUUACCGGUAACAUCACGAGUAGAAGGAUCAGCAAAGAGCAGCCUCAGAACCUUCCACAUGAUGUUGGUUUGUUUCCCGAGACUGAGGCAUAUCCUAGAAUUGGUCCUGUGAAACAGAAAUGAACAUCAUUCCACUGUUAAAAGAAAAUGGCUGUUAACUCA